GAUUCGAUCAGUAUUUUUCAAAAUAUUUCUUUUAUGUGCUAAUAUUUCUGAAUUUAAUUUGUUUCCUCAACUGUAGGUAGAAUCAUAUGAAAACAAAAUGCGUUUGUGUGUCUGUCUGUCUUCUUGACUUGAAUUAAAUUGAAAAGAUGAAGACUAAUCUUAAAAUGAACGUCAUUCGUAUUUUAUUUCUUCAAAGAAUUGUGAAAGAAGUAUGUUCCAUUGUCAAAGUAACUUUCCGGUAUCACAAAGUGUUGUAUGGACUCAUUUUACUAGUUUUCUUGGAUAGUUUCAUAUAAAUAUUCCUCAUAACUGAGAAUUUUUCUUUCAUUCUCUUUGGUUCACUUUAUUGCUUUUAGUUUCCAGAAGCAAUGCUGCCAUUUGAUUAAAAUCGAAUAAGUCUUGACUAAGUGAUAGAGAGACGUUCCUUCUUAGUUGAAACCAACAAAUGAUCUUUUCCUAUUAAAUAUUUCCACUUUGUUACUUUAUUAUUAUUGAGUUGUAAAAUAAAAUAUUAUACAUAAACAUAUGUCAUUUAAUUAUGGCAGUGAUAUACAGUAUCACAUCACAGCUAAUUCAAGAUUUUUGUUUUUCUUUAUAAUUGUUUUUGGAAAGAUUUUUUGCAUUAUGCUACGAAAUGACGUCGUCAGAUUUAUAAUUCUUACAUGAAUUGGUGUUCUGCACCUGCAUCUAUUGUAUAGAAAAAACUAGAUCUAAAUAUGUUUUUGUAUUUAUGGAUUGUCAGAAAUGAAGGACAUAUUUUUGUUUGAAGUCCUUACCAUUAGAUAUUGACUAUUCUAAAAUAUUUAUCAUGUCAAUUUUGAAAUAAUGUUUGAUUUAUGAAAGAUCUUAUGUAAAAUACAAAUUAGAUUUGAAUUGAAACAUGAAAUUAAAGAGAGUUAACUUAAAACCAUUUCUUUAUCUAUAUUUCAUCUAUCUUUUCUAUUGAUGACUUAACUGUUCAUCAUAUCGUUUGAAAAGGAUAAAUCAAAAUAUGAAAUACAAUUCUAAAAUAUCUCCAGGUCAAAAUAAUCGUCGUUAAUACCGAUAAUUAGCUAUAAACAAAAUCAAACUGAAGCUUUUACAAUAAAGGUAAUAUUGAAUUAUAAAAAUAAUUUAAUGGUAAAUGAUCAAACAUUAACGACUGGAACAUAUCAUCAAUUAAUUGGUUAUGGAAAUAUUGCUGCAUCAGUCGAAAGUUCCAGUAGUAGUGCAACAAAUACUAAUGAAAUAACAUAA